CAGCGCGCUUUUCGAUUGUUUUGUUGUGUGUUCUGUUAACUGUUAAAUCGCAAGCAUCCCAAGGUACCGUUAUGGCGCAAGAGCCGCAGUUUCCAUUGACCUCGUGUCAUUGAUUGAUUUUUUCCCGGGAAAAUUCAGUUGCAAAUCGGUAGUCGCGAUGCGCAAGGAUCGUAUGUUUAAUCGCGAGUGCAAGCGGAUCGCUAUCGAAGAACCGAGCCUCGUGGCCGUAGAUUCCCCGGCGGAAUCCCGAACCCGGACAAAAUACAAAAGUUUUUCCAAGGUCAGCACCCGGUUUAGCUUCGCGUUGCAAGAGCUGAAGCAGGACGUUCAAAAAGCCGUCCCUCGCCACCGGGUCAUUUCCGGACAGGCCUUCUGGACCGAACUGAGGCUGUUUGACCAGCCCGACGCGCCAACCACCGACGCGCUGUGCGCAGCGAUCGAAUUCGAUCAGGACGAAGAUUUGGAUGACAGUGGUUGCGAGGACGAUUUCGAAGAUUUUGACGAUUCUAAAACGGAGAAAAGCCGCAAGUUCGGUUGGCGAGAACACGUGGAGCUUUACCUGGAGCGGGCAAGUCAAAUCACCGAGCACGACGACCCGACGACGAAUGUUGGCGAAACCAUGUCCGAAUGUUUCACCCAGAGGGCACCUGGCGACGCAAACGAGUCGGAAGUGACAACGUCGAUGCUCGAUUUCUCGUUGACUUCCACCAUGGAGUUGGAUUCGAUGGACGAUGUGGUGCACAAGUUGAUUGAGCAGAUUUCGGAUGAGAUGUUCUCGCAGCCGCCGCCGAUGGAAGAGCCGGCAAAGGACAUCGCUGCGGUUCCUACGGCCGUUGCUGGAAGUGUACCCUCAGAUGUGGGGUACUCGACGGCGUCAGGACAAGGCGAACCAGUUGGAAAGCUCGACUCUCAGCAGCCCAGCACACAGCUCCCAGCAUCCUCUUCGGUGGUUUCCGGUAAGAAAGCCACCAGAAGAAGGAAAUCUGAAGCGGCGCCUGCUGCUCCAUCCGCCGCCAUAGCCACUGCUAUCGUUGCAACACCCUUGAACGCCCGACCGAUCCCACGGACUCGUUCCGUGCUUAAGAAAAGGUCCGCGUACGCCACCGAACCGCCCUCGAUGGUCAAGAAAAGUGUGACCUUCUCGACUACGGUCGACAUGAGUCCGUACGAAGAACGCGACACGCGAAAGUUGGCCGACGACAGCAACAUCUUGGAAAACACGCUCCCCCGGCAGCAAUCAACGCCGAAGGUCAGCCCCCAGAAGGCGAGGGGGGCUAAGAGGAAAUGCGUAUACGAUUUCUACGAUGACCUCGAGGAGGAGACGGAGAAUGAGGAGCUUGCGAAGUCGGUUGAAGUCUCAACGCAGACUGAUCAGAGCACCAGUACUGCGGAGAUGAUCCGUACAAUAGUGGAAUACACGAUCAACAGCUUCAAAGAGGCAGAGGAGACCAAGUCUGAGGAGGACAGCAGCAGGGAGCAGGCCAUCAAAGAGAUACUCGAGCACACGAAGGCGAGCUUCAAGGUGGACGAAACCCUCAAGAAGAAGAAACGCAAACGGAGGAAACUCGAUCUGCUGAACGACUCGAUAAUCCAGCUGCACAGGAAGGUCGACCGGCUGGAGAAGCGCGAACGACGGCGCCAGCGGCGCCAACAGCCGACCUGCCGUCUCGUCGUCAAGAAGGUGGUCCCCGCCAAAGCCAAACCCUGCACCGAACGUUGCACCCAAACGGAAGCACCCGUCACGGCCGAGGCCUCCGUGGCGACCACGUUCGAACUUUCGAAGCCACCGCCGAAGAAGCGCGCCCCUCGGAAAAAGACGGCCAAGGUGAAGCAGCCCGACGAUCCGGAAGGUGGCGCACCGAACCCGAAGCGGGCUCGCCGCAAAGAUCAACAGACGAUAGAGGAGUGUUUGAACGGUGAAGGUGGAUCGACGGCGGCGGCGGCGGAUGAGAUUCGGGAACCGAAGAAGUUCACUGCCCGCAAGGUCGUACCGGAUGUCGUGCGGAUGGACGAUGGGCAGCUGGUGGCGCAGGACAGCGAGGACAACUUGAGCCGGGAGUUCGAGAUCGAAGAAAGUCUUCCUCCGCUGUCCCCUCCACCGUCCCGCACGCUGGUAGAUCCGCGGCUGAUCAAGGGCGCCCACCGCAAGCCGCCAAGUAUAAUCGACACAAAUCAAGACUCCCCAGCACUCAGCUCGAUGCCGCAAAGUCCAGCUUCGCAGUGCUCGUUCUCCAACAAUCGGGCGGCCUCCGACGACGAAAGCGAGUCUUUCACCAGGAACCUUAUUCGGUUGCGCAUCGGUCCCGUACCCGGUCACUCGAGCUCAAGCUCAAUACACGCCGCCAAGCAGAAGCCCCGCCGCCUCCAGCCGUACCCGAAGAGCCCGAAGCUUCGACCUCCUCCGACAGUGCCCAUGGCACGGCAGUACUCGUUUCAAACGCUUUACCUUGGUCCCGAACCGCCGUCGGCGCCGACCACCCUAUGGAAGGAUCCGCUCAUUUACCCGGUGGACGCGUGUAAGUACAUCGAGCAGCGCUUGCAGCCGGUUCUUUGCGAGGCAAGACUGCCCACGCUGCAGACAACGUACGGCAAUCCGUGCUGGUUUGUCUCGUUGAAGGCGGCGUUCAAACUGCUGUUAGAUUUUACCGGGGAUGUUGGGGAGAAACAGGGCACAGCGAACAUGGCGGUGCCACGUUACCCGCAGUUCUCGCAGGAGUUUUCGCCGAUUGCCGCUCCCGACGGUGCGAAUCACUUUGUCGACGACGAGGAUGAUGGUGAGCGGGGACAUGACAGCGGGUCGGACGUGCCGGAUGAUUAAAACGUCCAUUCGCCACAUAUUAUUCAUUGCUGUGCAAUUUUUAUAUAUUUUCUAUCACUUCAUGGAAUAAAAUGAAACUCGGGCAUCGAAAGUUACUGCAAACGGGUUCAA